AUGUCGGUCCCUCCUAAAUACGCAGGCCUGAAGCUCCUCCGGGCAACCCCACAGGAGACACAGCAUACUCUCGAACUAUUUCUAGAUUAUGUGUGCCCGUUCUCUGCUAAGAUGUUCAAGACAUUCUAUGCUGAAGGUCCCACAGUUGCCCAGCAGUAUGGCUCCCGGCUUCAGGUAAUCUUCCGGCAGCAAAUCCAGCCAUGGCACCCAUCAUCUACCCUCGCCCACGAGGCAGGUGCAGCAGUUCUUCGACUGGCUCCAGAGAAAUUCUGGGAGUUCAGUGCGACCCUGUUCCAGCGCCAGACGGAAUUUUUCGACGUGAACGUGGUGAAUGAGACACGUAACAAGACCUAUGAGCGCCUGGCCAAGAUUGCAGGAUCUGUCGGAGUAGACGAGCAAAGGGUUCUCGCUCUGCUGUUGAUCCCCGAAACCUCGAACCCCAAUGAAUUGAACGUGGGCAACCAGGUGACCAAUGACAUCAAGUGGAUGACCAAGGCGAACCGAGUGGUCGGAGUUCAUGUCACACCAACGGUUUUCUUCAAUGGAGUGGAAGAGCGUGGCAUCAGCAGUAGCUUCACUGCGGCUCAGUGGGGAGAAUGGCUGGCAAAGAACGUGGUUUGA